AUGUGGACGGCUGCAGGACAAGGUGAAGGUGAAGAGAGGAACCUGAACAGCGGUGGUGGUACCGGUAGCCACCGAGAGCACCACCCCACGGAAAGCACGUCACCGGCCCCUAAAAAAACGACAUCAAACGCCCCCGCGGAGGCCAGUCCCAACACCAGUGGCGCCGACUCUAGCCAGCGCCAGCCUCACUCCCAGGGCGACGAUCAGGGCCUCGCUGGUGCUCAGCGGCGGGAUGGACCCCUGGCUUUGCCGCCGCUGCCCGAGGGCGAGACGUUGUCGUCUGCUGGCGGGAACUCCGCGGAUGGUGGUGGAGGAGGAGGAGGAGGCAACAACAGCGAGGGCGGCAGCAGCAGCAGCGGAAGCAACACCAUCACGCUCGACAUGAGCGGCGGCGACGCCUCGACCAAGCUGGACCACCUCGGCCCCCUGGUCGUCAACCAGGACGGCACCAUGUCGCGAAUCAGCAACUGGGGCGAGAUGACGGAGAUUGAGAGGCGCAACACGCUUCGUCUUGCUGGGCUCAGGGGGGAGAAGGACAAGAACGGGGCCGAGGCUGGAAAGUGA